CAGCGGAAGUGGAUCCAAAUGAACAAGCAGUUGCAACACAAGAUAUCCAACACAGAUCAGAACGGUGUCAGUGUUAUACAGAGUCAGCCGCAUAGUGCAUUAAACCCCGCAGGAACUGCAGGACUACAGCAGGUUCCUCAAUUAGUUCCAGUGAGUCCCGGAGGUGGGGGUAAGGCCACGCCACCCAGCAAGAUGAAGAAGGCUAGUAUGGAUAAAGACAGCGACGAGUACCGCCAACGGAGAGAACGCAACAACCUGGCCGUAAAGAAGAGCCGCAUGCGCAGCAAGCAGAAGGCGCAGGACACCCAGCAGCGCGUCAAUGAGCUGAAGGAGGAGAAUGAGAGACUUGAGGCCAAAAUCAAAUUGCUUAGCAAAGAACUAAGUGUGCUCAAAGACCUGUUUCUAGAGCAUGCCCACAACCUCGCAGACAACGUGCAGCCCCCUGCUUCUGGAGGAGGCCCUGGAGAUCUGUGCAACAACAACAACAACAACAGCAGCAGUAACAGCAGCCAGUGAGGGCCUGAUGUUAGUUUGCAGCAUGCUAUGCUGUGGGCUGUGUGGAGGCUCUCUAGGCAAAUCAUUUUACUUAAAGGGUUAGUUCACACAAAAAUGAAAAUUCUGUUAUUAAUUAUUCACCCUCAUGUUGUUCCAAACUCGUAAGACUUUUGUUCAUCUUUGAAACACAAAUGAAAAUCUUUUUGAUGAAAUAUGGGAGAUAUCUGUCCCUCUUUUGACAGCUACACAACUGACACUUUGACGCUUCAAAAAGUUCAUAAAGAGAUCAUAAAACUAAUCCAUAUGAAUUUAGCGGUUUAGUCCAAAUUUUCUUAAGAGAUGCACUUUAUAUGCUUUAUUGCUUUAUUUAUAUGCUUUAUUUAUUGCUUUAUAUGAUAAACAGAUUUAAUUUAGGCUUUUAUUCACAUAUGAACAUUGAUCAACAAAUCCUGCUUGACGUGCGAGAACAAACCUCUUACGGAGCUCAAAUGUGCUGAAUAACCCACAAGAAUGAACCUCUCAAUUCAUAUGAAUUUGUUUUAUGAUCUCUUUAUGAACUUUUUGAAGAGUCCAAGUGUCAGUUGUGUAGCUGUCAGUGGAGGGAGAGAAAUCUUUCAUAUUUCAUCAAAAAGGCCUUCAUUUGUGUUCAAACAUGGAAAAAAAGUCUUAUGGGUUUGGAACGACAUGAGGGUGAAUAAUUAAAGAAUUUUCAUUUUCAUUUUUGGGUGAACUAUCCCUUUAAUCGUAUUAUGCUUUCUUUCCCUCCUGUUCCUGGAAUGUGUACUGUCCGCAGUGUUUAACUUGUGUGUCUUCUGUAUGUACACUCAAAAUGAUUUUCUUUUUCACUCAUAUUGAAUCUCGUGCAGAAUGUUAUGACAUCGUGGCCAUAGCAACCACCGAAAGUCCAACCCACGCUCCGAUUUGAUGUGCUGGAGAUAACUUUUAUCACUGCCUUUCAAUUGUAAAGCAGCAUGUUUCAGUGUCUUGAAACUUUGCAAUAACUCAGAGGACUGUGAAAGCUUCUCGGUAGACAAUUUUUAAAUCCGGCAAAGCUGGUCACAAAGGUUUGACAGUAAAUAUGUUCAGUCAUUCCACUCUAUUGUCUAAAGAUAGGAUUCAAAAACUAAGCUAAUAGACAGUACCGCAGUCUGUUAACAUUAUUCAUUAUGAUUUGGAAUUAGGGCUACCAAAAAUGUGAUCAAGUAAGGAUGUCUCCAAAUGCAAAGAGUAGCUAUUUUGUAUUCCUGCUUUUUUGCCUGUCAGCUUGGAUUGAUUCACACUCUUUAUUUGUUGACCAUGUCUUAUAAUAGCAAGUACACUGUUGUAUCUAUGGUAACAGACUGUAGACAGACAAAACGUAUUGCAUCAGACUCCAAACAGUGUCUGCAUUACCAGUAGUCCUUAAAUCCCUACAGUUAAGCCUCCAAUUUUGACAAGGGUGGAGAGGGUGAGAUAGAGUAGAAUAUUAGCUCUAGUCUGUAGGGUGUUGGUAGCUAAAUUAACACAAACUUAUUUCCUAACAGUAACUGUUGUGUCUGUGUAAAUACUGUUGAUGAAGCAGAUAAGAUUUAGAAUGACUGGUGCUGAACAUUUAAAGUCAUAAAUCACCUGACAUGCCCCAAAUUUAUUAAAUUAUGAGUUAUAUUGAAAAUUUCCUUAUCCGAAGAAGCUUUUAUCUGACUACAUCAAAUUUUGGCCAUUUUGUUUCCUUGACCAGUCUCAGAAGUAUGUGUGAAUUUACAUAUGUGGCAGCAGGUGUUACUAAAAGUUAACGGAGCAGCCACGUGACCUUUGCCCUCACUGAUUCUCAUAGAGCUGUGUGUUCUUGGAGUCGCUGUAGAUAGACUUUUGUACCUCAGGCUAUAUGUCAUAGCCUCACCAGACAGCCUUUAAGAUGUAUAUUCCUGUUUAAGAGAACUUUAAAAGGAGGAUAAGAAAAGACAAGGCAAUCUCUUUAAGAUGUCCGAAGCAUCUUUAAUUCUAAUGUAUAUUUUCAUUUUCUAUACCUGAAGUUUUAAACAUUUAAAAAAGCAUGUAAGGCAAUGCAUGAUUAGCACUAUUUAAACAACUAAUUAAAAAUGAUGCUCUAUAGAGAAAUAGCGAAUUGGCGACUGCAUACUUUUGUAUUGUAUCAGGUUGGGCUAAAAUAAAGCUAUUGUGUAAAACUUCUUAAAAACGAGACUAAAGUCAAUAUUUCAUGAAUAUUUGAUCGGCAUAUUUUGCUUAAGUAUGAGGGUUGCUGGGCAACUUGCUUUUUUACAUAAUGUAUACUGGGUUUUUGUGCAUUGUAAAUUAAAAUUGAAUACAAAAUA